CCGCCCAGGACGCAUCCUGCUUGCCCACUCUCAAUGGGGCCGCGGAGCCGGCACGCGCGGGACUCGGGCCAAUCACCGCUGAGCUACCAGAGGGCCUGUGCCCGGCCAGCCAAUAGACGGGGCCGUUACUUGGCUGCGCGUGCCGGGGCCGCUCCUGCGCUCCCAUCGCGGCCGGAGCGGCGCGGCGGGGGAGCUCCGCACCGCGCCUCCGUCACGGCGCGCGGGGCGGCGGCGAGCCCGUAAACCGCGCCGCUCUGUGGCUCCCCGCGGCGGGCGGGGCAAGGCGGGCGCUCUCUUGAGGGCAGCGACAAACGCGCGCCCCGCCCGGCUCCAGCGCUAGGGUGGGCGGCGCAGCUCCGCAGGCGCCGCGCGUUUGAUCCCCGGCUCCGGCCCUCGCUCGGGACCCUGCGCUGCCGGCAGCGCCCGAGUGCGCGGGCUCUGCGGAGCCCUAAGGCGAGAGCCCCUUUCCCAGAGCUCCCCGGCGGGGCCGCCCCGCCUCGGCCGGGAGCUCCCGCGGGUGUGCGGCCCGCCCGGAAGGGGCGGCGGCCCCGGCGAUGGCGGACGAGGCGCUGUUCCUGCUGCUGCACAGCGAGAUGGUGGCGGGGCUGUACCGCGCCGCCGAGCAGGGCGAAGGGGAGAACGGGCGCUGCACCACCAAGCUGGAGAGCAUGGGCUUCCGCGUGGGGCAGGGGCUCAUCGAGAGGUUUACAAAAGACACUGCCAGGUUCAAGGAUGAAUUAGAUAUUAUGAAGUUCAUUUGCAAAGAUUUUUGGACAACGGUAUUCAAAAAACAAAUAGAUAACCUAAGGACUAAUCACCAGGGUAUUUAUGUUCUUCAAGACAAUAAAUUCCGUCUCUUGACACAAAUGUCUGCAGGAAAGCAGUAUUUAGAACAUGCACCAAAGUAUUUAGCAUUCACCUGUGGACUAAUCAGAGGAGGCUUAUCAAAUCUGGGAAUAAAGAGUAUUGUAACAGCUGAAGUUUCAUCAAUGCCUGCAUGUAAAUUUCAGGUGAUGAUACAGAAGAUGUAGAGCACAUUCAAAUCUGGGUAUCUACUCUAAAAAGGCUUUGUAUGUGGAUUCAUUAUCUUAGCUCAGUCUUGUAUAUAACAUGUAAAUUAUAGCAGUGUGCAGCACAAUUAAAAAAUAUAUAAUAAAUGCUAAUUGAAAUAACACUA